GCCGGUAAGAAAAACAAACGAGGAUGCUGAUUUGAGACAGGAUGACAACACAUUACCAGGAUGGACAGGCUGGAUUAGCUGAUGCCUGUUAAUGACUUUGACCAUGCUGAUAAGACAGAUGACGUAAUCAACAAAUUCAACCAGAAUAAGCGAAGACGCUUUGACUGGAUUCAGUCUAUCAUUCACUGCAACGCCGACUUUCUGUUGCUCUGUGGAUGACAAACUUACACUUGGCUCUGAAGUGGGACAGAAGAUGAGCUAAGAACAGUGACCUUGUGGAUAUAAAAAGUGGACAUAUUUUUUCUUUUCCUGUGAUGUGUUUCUACGAAAUCUCUUUGGGAUAUUUCUUGUUGUAGGAAUCCAUUUCCAAAUCUAAUUUAAACCUUAUGUAAUUUACAAUGUCUUUUUGUCAUGGAGAUUUGGACAAGAGGAUUUUUUUCAUCACAAGAUUGUCCUGACCUCUCUAACAUUUCUCUAAUUCUUUUAUUUUUCCAUGGCCCCUUCAAAGCCAGCUGCCAUGUGUCUUGCACAUUCUGAAAGACCUUUUUCAAGCAAUUAUUUUCAGAUUUAGUGAAAUUAACAACUUCACAAUUCACUCUUCAAACUUCACACGUGCCUCCCACCAAUCCCUCCCACCAUCAGCUAUCCACCCAAGCAUGGGCAAGCCUCUUAGCCGUCCAGGGUGUUUCAGGAAGAGCUCUUGCUGCCUGGAGAAACAUGGAGCUGGGGAUGGGAGAGUGGGAGGGCGAGAUGUAGGAGUGGAAGGGGGAUAUGGAGAUGGCUACAUACCCCAGCGAUCCAUCUAUGAUACCAUGUGCAUCAACCAACAGAUUGACAGCCAUCACCACCACCCUGGAGGGUCCAUACGGCGAGAUGCUGGUGGUGACGCAAAUUUUAUCUACUCUGCAAGUGGCUCUCUCAGAGUUAGCAGGUCCCCAGCUGACAUGUUUGAUCCACAGCCCCGCUCCUUAACUCCAAACCCUUCAUUUGUGCGCCGACUAGAUGAAAGAGCCAUUUAUGAUUCAUUGAAGCUGGGGGGUCAUGAUGUCAAUGGUGGUGGCUGCCACUCGCCAGGACAUUUUACCCGAUCAGUUUCCCCCUCUGUAUCCUCUUUCUCAGCACCGGGAGUUUCCUCCUCAUCCAAGAAACACCACCAUCACCACCACCAUCACCAUGGAGACAGCACAAAGAGCAGAGAUGGUCAACAUUCCUGGAAAGUCUUACCACCUCCAAAACAUCUCGAGUGUCUUGAGCUUACUACAACUGAAAUGAUGGACAGAGGAGGGGGAUAUCUAAACCCAGGACACUACCCUCCCACAGGUGGCCCGUCGUCCUCUCUUACCUCCCCCCUCAUUUCCCCCUUCUCUGGCUCUCCUCUUUCUUCAGGGUACCAUACUCCAGUCUUUUUCUCUCCUGCCAAACCUCGCCCCAGUCAGUCUCAGAGUUUGCGCUGUUCCCCUCCCCAUGUCGUUCAGCCGAGGCAUUACUCUCAAACCCAGAGUCUUAGGUUGUCACCACCCCAAGAGCUUAGACGAUCACCCUACCGUUCCCCGCUGGUCCAACUCUCCGCUCAUGACCUUGAGCAGGACCUUAGGGAGCGGGGAGGAGGAUGGGGCCGCAGUGAGCGAGAAAGGGAUUGGGAGAGGGAGAGAGAAAGGGAGAUGGAGCGAGGGUGGGCCCAGCGAGAGUGGGAAAGAGAGAGGGAGAGAGGCAGACUGGAGAGGGAGAGAGCUAGAGAAAGGGAGAGGAGGGAAACGUCAACUUUUGGGACCUUCGGAUAUGGCAGACCAGUCCCUCUGCACUCAGAAAGAGACUCUGUGUUUUUAGAUCACGACCAGGUUUUAGACACAACACCCCUGUUGCUUCCCCAGCCAUCACCUUCACCCUCCCCCAAUGCUGCCCCCAGAAUGGGCACCUGUGCAGUGGGUAGAAAUAGAGCUGGAUCAAGGGUUGGUCUUGAAAGUGUAGGUGGGGGAAUGGUUUCUAAGUUUGACAAUGGGAGUGUUGGUAUGGUGUUAGUUGACAGCAAAUCUGGGUGUGGGCCAAGGUUAGUAUGUGAAGUUAGUGUUGCAAACAUGUCAGAGGCUGAAAUCAGGGCUGGGAUACAAGAACAUCACAGAACUGAAAGCUGGAACAAUUAUGAUAAAGGAUCCAGGUCUAGCAUUAGAAAUGGGUCUGAAAUAAGAAUGGGUCCCAAAGUGAAAACAAGACCAGGAGGACGGAAUUUGGAGGGAAAAGUGCAAUCUGGGAUAGAGAUAGAAAAUAUGUCUCCAGAUGUGAAGGAGGGACACAGGGGAGGGACAAGGAGUGGAGAAAGAACUGGAAGGGGUUUGUCUAAACCAGAAGUCAUUGCUGAGGCUGGUCCUUCAAGUCCAAUUGAUACUGAGGACAGGGUCAGGCCUGGAAAUGAAUUUGAGGUUGGAGCUGGAUCUAAUUCAGGAAUUAAGCAAGAGGCAGGGGUUGAUGCUGAUUCAAAUUAUAUGGAGAACAGGGCUGGAACAGAAGCUGGAGUUGUAGCUGAAGUUAAUAAUGAGGUUGAUUCAGAAGCAGAGUCUGGAGUAGGUGCUAAAGUUGAGACAGAAGUUAAGAUCGCAUUUACAUCUGAACCAGAGGCAUUACUAGAAGCUGGUGUUGAAGAUGAGACCGAGACCCUGAGUGAUGCUGGGACUGGGGUUGUCAGUGAUGCCCAGUACAGCGCUAUGACAAUGGAUAAAGGUCAGAUUUGUGUUGCUUCUGCACAUAAAGCUGAAGUUGCCCCUUCAGAUCAGGCUGAGAAUAUGCCUCUGGACAUUGGUAAGAUUGAAUCUAGUGAUAAAGAGAAAGGUUCCAGACCCCACAAAUCCAAAUCUUCUAAGUCCAGUUCCAGGACACGACCUGGCACAGCCACAGGGCUGCGACCAGGCGUGGUCAGCCCAAAACUAAGCAGGGGGCUUGGAGACCUUGAAUCACAAGGCCCCUCCGAAGGCAUUGAGUCAACCUGGCCUCGUCGAAUCAUGGUUAGAAAGAGGACUGUUCGGCAAGGUGGAGCCCUCCACAACCUCCCUAUUCUCCCCCCACUCCCUUCUGUCCUCUCAGCAUUGGAGAAGAGACGCCCCCAUGCCCUUCUCCACCCCCGCACAGGUCACUUCUCAGAAAACCCAUUAUCAAGUGUAAUUAAUUCUACAAGUAUUGUGGGACGAUGCUCACUUAAAGAGCCCUCCCAUUCAGAUUCAGCACAGGUGGCGAGUUUGGUGGGCAGGGCUUCCUUGAAGGAGCAGAACUUGGAGAACUGGAGGGUCUACAGUGAGCAGGAAGAGCCCAGGAGAUCGCGGAGCAAGGAGAAACAAGGAGAGCAGAGUAAGGAGAACAGGGAACAGACAACUGAAAGGCAGAACAGGAGGGGUAAGGAAGAGAAGAAAGAAAAGGAGAAGAGGGAAGAGAGAGACAAAAAAGAAUACAAAGUGGAUAAGAAGAAAGAGAAGGUUACAGUCAGUGAGGAGCUAUUAGAAGAAACCAAACAAGAAAUGAGAAGAAUGGAAGAAAAAGUCCAAGUAAUUUCACACAAAACUACUGAAGUGAGAAAGGAGAUGGAUGAAGAAAUAAUGUCUGAGAGGUUGGUGGGCAGAGAUACAAUGAUCAAAGUUGAAAUACAAGAGCAACAUGAACAAGAGUUGGAGGUGGUUACAUUACAAAAAGAAGAAGUUGAACUGGAAGGAGGAGAAGGAGGGACACUUGGAGAGGAAGGAGGGAUGGAGUGUUGGGAGGAUGUCCUUGACGUGGUCAACACAUUAUGGGAUGAUGGCUGGGAGAAAGGGGGCGCAGGAGGAGAAGGUGAUACAGAUUCCCUCUCAGGUUCUCUGCCCCGUUGGCCUCUCCUCCGGCCCCCGGUUGGCUUUGGGGGAUCGCACCCCCCCUCCUCGGCAGCCUCAGAGCUCAGCCUUACAGAGUUAGAAAGGAGAGCGAGGGAGCUGGACUCUGACCUGGAACACUUAGACCUGUCUCAGCCCCACAGGGACUCCCAGGAUCUGUACCAAACACUGCCAGAACCACAGAGGGCUGACAUGUACCAAACACACCCUGGGCCGCAGAGGGAAAAAGCUGCUCUGAUGACAGGAUUGGGGAGCAGAUCUCAGGUCAGUUUGGAGCUUACUGCUAUGGCCUCACCAGCUACAGACUCAGACAGACCUGUUGACUGGUCAAACCAAUCUGCUGGGACUUCCACUGUUGGCACAAGCUCUACUAAGGAGGACAGCUCUCCAGACUCCAACUUAACGCUGGAGUCCGACUCCAGUGGUGUCUUCCUCUCCUUAUCCAAUCAGAGCCAGGAGGAGGCCGGCUCUGACAGUGACCAGCCUGUCAGUGGGUCUGACUUAGGCAGCAGCACGUCACUGGAGAAAGACGGGGACGAUGGAGUGCUAAAGAAAUGGGGACGGGAGGAGAGUGCAGAGCUACAGUGGUGCUACCCAUCACUCCUCAACACCUCCUCACAUGAAGACAUAGAGGGAUAUGUUGAAAAAGAGGAAGUAGAAUCUGGAAUGAUGGAGGGAGAGGAAGAGAGGGGGAAAGAUAGAAAGAUCGGAGUAGUUUCAAUAAUGAAGUCCUCAAUCCACCAUACAGACUUUGAGGGCUUGUCUGCGCUGAAUGACCCAUCGAGUCAAGAAAUACCACCUAGGAAAGAAGUGACCCUCAUGGGAAGUGAUUAUCCUCUUCCUCUGUCUCCCUCAAAACCAUUCAAACACUUUUUAGAUCCCAAUCAGAAGCCAAUCAGAACCUCAGGACUAGACUGUGGUGAUAUAGAUCCCUUCGUCCAAUCAGACAGCUUUGUUUACCUUGCAGUUUCUGCAAGACCUUACUCCCAUGGUGAUGUCACCACAAUGACAGAAUUUCCCACCCAUGAUACAAAACAAGAUUCAAUACAAACAAGACUUGAUGAUACAAUGCUACGUUCAUAUAGCAUGAAAAGACACUUAGACCUGUCAACUCAGGAACAGGAUGCCAAGCUGACUCACCUAGCCCCACAAAAACCAGAGGAAGGAGAUUUUCUGUGCACGGACAGCUUUGUCUAUUUGGCUGCUCCAGCUUGCCUACUGCUCGGCCCUGCAGGAACCACAUCAUACAGUGGCAGGGAGUCAGACUCGGAGAGUUCAGGAUCUGGUCCUGUUGAUGAGUCAGUGCUUGGUUGUGGUUCAGUGGCAGGGGACAGUGACUGGGACUCAGACCAAUCCGACUCCGAUCCCAGUCGCUCCUCCAGAAGCUCUGCUACUGGGGACAAAUCUGCUGGUGUGUCACGACCCAAGCAGCUGCCUACAGAGCCCGACUGGGACAUGAGUGGAGAAAACACUGAACCUGAAGUGCUGAGUGAGCUUUUCACCGAACAGGACAGAAACAACAAUGGCAAAGCAAGAAAUGUUACAGGGGUUACCACCUGUGUGGAAGCGACGCCAGGCGUUCCCAUGGCAUCUCAGGCUGGCACGACACCAGUCAAGGCGUCAACAACAGUAGAUCAGUCGUCGACAACCAAGAAAGUGACAUGGCAGUUUAAACCAGCCCAGAGGUCAGUCUGCACGGGAAGCAGAAAGGAGAAAGACAAGGAAAUGACAACAUCAUCAUCAUUGGCAAGGUUCUCUGAGCUGGGAGGAGGCGAGACCCACAGACCCCCACCUUUGUCUUCAUCGUCUUCAUCAUCUUCUCCUUCGUCAUCUUCCUCUGGUUGACGUGUGAAGGAAAUGGUUUUGGUUCAACCAUUUGGGAAGAGCUUUCAUUGCCUGAAGCUGAUUGGUUUGGAGAAAGGUAUAAAAUAUCUUCAACUUGUUUUAUAGAAACUGAUUGCUUCAAAAACUACAGCUUUUUUGCCUGUAUCUUCUGCAUCUUGCUGCUGCCAUUGCCUUCUUAUGACCUUAUAAAGGUUGCAUAAAGGACUAGUUAAUUGUUGCUUUUUUCUUAGAUUAGCUUAUAUAAUAUCGUAUAUGAUGAGUUUAAAAUUGAGACGGUGUGAGACUCAGGCUACAAGGAACCCUUCAGGUUGAGAUUGUGUGGAAAUACAGCCACUGAAAGAGCAUUUUAGGUAAGAUAUGCACAGUGUCGUUCCUAAUGUGAACUUUUGAAACACAGGGUUGAUUUAUUAGUUUCCUGUUCACAUAUUCUCUAUAUAAAUAAUACAUAUUAUAUCUGUGAGUUUUUAUUCUAUUGAAUGUAUUGUACAGGAUACACACGCCUCCAAAAAACAUCCACCCUAAAAAAUUGCACAUAUCAGAAAUUCCUAAUGAUUUUGUUUGACCAUUUUAAACAUUAUUUCAGUAUUAUAAUUCAGUUACAAUAACACAUGUUAAAUGUGUCAUGAUGACUGAUGGAGAGAGAAUUUCUGUUUUCUUUAAUCUUUAUAGAAAUUACACUUCCUCCACCACAUAGUGACCUGACUUUAACACUUGAUCUUACUACAUCAUGUAUGUAAUUAAGAAACUAACUUUUAAAAAAACGACGAGGUCGAACUUUACAGUGUAUAAUGUAUUUUAUAAUCAGAUUCAACUUUACAGUGUAUUUAACAGUGUGUUGAUAAUAUAUUUUAAACAUUGAAUGUACAAACAUAAUAAAAAUAACUGAAGGAUUUAGUUAUAACGUUUGACUUAAAUCUUUAUCUAUUAGAUUUAAAAAUGUGAAUGUAAUAAUUUAGCAAUAUGCUUACAGUCUAAUGCUAUACACUAUGUUUCAUAUGUGGAAGUUUUGCCUGAUUGGAGUGGAUAAUAAUGUUUGAGAUUAAUUUUUAAAUACAGUCAAUUACCAAUUGUAAAUGCAGCCGUACAGUCAUUUAGAGGCUCAAUGUGUAACAGUAGGUAGUUUGGUUCAACUGCCAUUAACAAUGAGACCAUGACUGAGAUGACUGAGGACUUUGUCUCUGUGUUUUUAGUGCCAGCGUUCUCAAAAUAAAGACUUAAUUUCCCUUAAUUCUCUCUUAAAUCCACACUCUCCUUUCCUCUUUUGCAUCUUUGGCAAUGCUGAAGAGGAUAAACAUGUUGGAGACAUGUUUUUCCAUUUGCCUCUCACUCUCAUUUCUUCAGAAAAUCUUACAGCUUUUGAUUUGUUUGUACCCACAUUAAAGUACUCUAAAAGAUUUACCUCCAAAUCUGAGUUGGAGGCACAGAAUGUAAAAUUCAGUUUGGAGGCUGGUGGAGCUGCCAGUCAUCCCAGCAGUGGUCUUGUUGUUGAAUAAUCAUUAAGUACUAAUGUCUCAAAAUGAUUUACAGAUGUUAAAAUGAUACAUGUAUCACCUUAAAAGAGUGCACAGUAAUCACACAUUAUUGUCACUUACACAAUAAUCGAUUUUGUGAUGCCAUUAUGAAAGGCUGCGUGGGAAGAGUGUAUGGGCCGAGAGGCAAAUCAGUUCCUGAUCAGGUUUAGUUGUUUUUCAGAUUUGCACUUGAAUUUCAGAAUGGUUAAUGAGAGGUAACUGAAUUUUGAGAACCUCCAAGUAAACUGAUUAUGUCUUAAGGUGGGCAUACGCUGUGCGAGACAUGUUGUUGUUAAAUUCAGCCUGACGCUGUGCGACUAAUCAUCUGAGAUGUGAAGCCAAAGCUCCCAAUUUGUGUGCUUUCACUGUACGGUCCGAUUUUUUCACACAACCUGACGGACCUCACAAUAAAUUACCUGCUGGGUUUUGUGUCAAAGAUGAAGUUGAAACUCACUUGCUAAUAACGCUAACAAAGUAGAACCGUAGAAAGAAAAGCUAACUACAUUUGAGGCUGCAAUAUUAUAAAUUGAUCACUAGCUGCCCUCUGGUUACUGUACAGUAGGAACCCCUUUAUCUCUCUAUCUUUUCUUUCUUGCUGUACAAUUGCUUCUAGCCAUAAUCUACAUUUCCUGUUAUUGUUUUAUGCCAUGUGGGACAGCCUGCCAUGUCAAAAACUCAUCCAACCAUCUGACGAGCGGUGGGGACAAUCUGAACACAACAAUGCUGAAAAUCUGUUUGACUCUAAAAUGAGUCACGCAACUUAGAAAACAAACUUGGGCUCAAAUCGCACAGCGUAUUUCCAGCUUUAGUGUUUCGGGAGUGAAGGGGAUGAAUUUGGAUUUGGAAGGUGACUUUGUUCUGAUGCUGCAGCCAUAUUUAUUGAUGGUUUGAGAUGGGUGUUUUUAUUUUCAACUGUUUAAGCAGCUUUAAAUGCUCCAACGGUCCUUAGUCCCAAUGAUGAUUGGCAGAACCCUAAAUGCACCUGUCAAGUUCUGUGAUGGAUUUAAUUCUGGUGCUUUUGAGCACAUAUGUACAAACACAUCCACAGAGGAGUGACGUGCUUCAUUGGCAUAUCUUUGUUUUUAAAGCUGCAGAUCUUUGUUUUUUUAACUUUUUUAAGAAGUCAGUUACGGCUGAACUAAUAACUGAUUAAGUUUUAAAACUACUUGUGACUUUCUUACCCAUGUCAUAAUGCAUUCAGCGUAUAUUACGUGAUAUCAGUAUAAAAUCCAACAAGCACUCCAAAUCAUAGUGAAGGUCACAAGCAUCAAAACAUUGAAGGUGAGCUUUAAGCAUGGCUGAAUGAUUCACUUUCUGGCCAAAUCGUCAAGUGUGUGUGUUCUGAAGAUUUAAAGAUUAAAAAUCAGUUAAAUCUGUCACAAUGUUUGUGGUCUCCGACGUUUUUAAAAUCGGCCCAGUUUAAAAUCCUUUAAUGUGCAGCUGCCAUUAGGUGGACAGGGGAUCCUAAGUAGGAAAACAAAGGAAGAUAUAAUGAAUCAUUAUAGAACUACAUGUCAUUGGGAUUAUUACUUGAAUAGGCACAGACAGACAAAAAAUACUUGGGGCCUUUAUCACAUUAUGAAUAGGAAGUGAAGUCUGUCUGGCACACCCAUGCCCAGGUGCCUUACUCUGACACUUAGUUAGUGGGAGAAAUAUGAGAAAAAGAAGGACGACAUUGCAAUUCUUGAACUUUGCAAUGUUUUUUUUACACUAAAAACAAUAUGAAUGUUAAAGUUUGUUGUGCCACCGCUUUACGCGAUCGCUAACAGUCAGACUUUUUCCAUCCUUCUUUUAAAAUCCAAAUGAUUUCAAAACCUUUUAUUUUAGAUUUGACAGUGCACUGUAAAUUGUGUCAGUGAAGUCAGAGAUGUUGCUUUUGAUUUUAAGUCACUGACAACCCUAUGCUAACGUUACUGUGAGGAGUGUUGAGUGGUGUCUCACACUGGGUUUUGAACCUUUACGAGUUUGUCUGCAGAAGAAAUGACAGAGCAGCUUUAAGCAACCGAUUCAUAACUGUUAAAAACAGGGCAUCAACUGGUUCAUAAUACAUUUAGAUACAUCUAGUGGUCAGCUUAUCGAUGUGGUCACAUCUCCUCUGAUUCAGAUCCAUCUUUUAAUGAGCCAACUCGGUAAUAUUAGAAAUAACAGUAGUGGAUGGAAAUUCUGAUAAAUUUGCAUUUUCUUUGCCCAUUUUCUAAAAUUAAUUGGUAAAAAUGUACAAAACAUUAGGAUGGAAACCCCAAUUUAGGCUGGCCCAACUUUUCCCUGUACAGUACCAUGCACAGUAUCAUAACCUACAUUUAUUUUAACAUGCUAUUUAUUAUUAUUAUUAUUAUUAUUAUUAUUAUUAUUAUUAUUAUUAUUAUUAUUAUUAUUAUUAUUAUUAUUAUUAUUGUCUAAGUAUUCAACACAUUUAAAUUCAGCUAUGUUAUACAAAUAACAUGUGAUUGAACCUCUUCAGCUUAGCCUGACUAAGUCUUGGCAAAACCUAGAAUAGCAAACAAACACCUGUGUGACUGGUUGAAUGGAGAAUUAGCCGUUCCCAUGCUUUAGCUAAUAGAGAGCUAAUCAAACAGGAUCUGUUGUGUUUCACAUUUUACUUUAGUGGUGCCAACAGAUUGAAUAUCAACCAAAUUACUGAACUAAAAACUGCCAUACAGUGAACCUGGAACUCCCAGGGUUCCAGGUCACGCACCAUUAAUCAUUUCGGUAUUAGUGAGGCUGAUAUUAAACACAGGGGUCGUAUCAUUAAGAGUGAGCUCUUCUUUGAAAGUGGCCAACGGGACAGGGUGGCGUUCCACACAGUUUGGACACAUUCCACGCACAUUUCACAUGAGAGCAAUAUAAAUACAUGAGGCGGGUGUAUGUGUUAUGAGAGACAUAAUUUUCACAGCUGCAAUCUCAUGCCUCCCCCUCUUUGAUUCUUUAUGAAAGAUUGCAUUGGAACACAAUCAGUUUUCUGCAGCCUCACAGUCGAGCUCCAGUUUCUCAGUGACUCUGUGCAAACAAUGGCAUCUUAAAGUGAUCAUGUAUGGAGAGCGUAGCUGUUUAUUUGAAGCUGACUGUUUCCUGUUGUAGAAAUCAGGCAGAACAUUUAUGAACCACCUGGACAAACUGUUUGGUGGCUCACGCUGCCUGUAUUUACACUCUCCUAUGUCUCAUUCUAUAAAGGCUGUUUACGUGACACUGUUCAAUACAAGUAACCUGUGUGGGAUUUUCAAGUAGCACUUGAAAAACAUGUUCUCUAUUGGAAUAAUGACGUGUGUUCUCAGCCUGCUGCUUUACAUGUCUGCUGGAAGGGAUUCUGGGAUCAGUGGAUAAAACAAUAUAACUGGACUAAAUGUGAGGAUGAUCCUGAUGGUUGGAUGUAGUAUUUUUUAACAAUGUAAGUGAUCUUUUGUUUUUCGCUCGAAUUAAACUGUGGCAGAACAUCUAGUUUCACUGUGAUAUGUUAUAUAAAUUACAUCACACAGACUUUUGUAAAAUCCAGUUAAUAUCAGGCAGGUCAUAUAGGCGUAAUAUUUUUGCUGUUCAUGUUAACUCGGUCACUGUUCAAGCUUAGUGGUGAUUAAGAACUAGGAGCUGAGAGAAAUCAUAGUGAAAACAGAUGAUUUAUGUGAAAUCUUAUUGUGUGCCGUACUCCUAAGCCUUGCUGAAAUGAAUUAAUGUACAAAUAAAGACUAAACUUGGUGGUGGAAUGUGACUCA